CUGGAGAGAGAGCAUGAGAUGUGUUGAAAUAGUGAAUCCUCUCUUUGUCGCUCCAGGAUUUCAGAUGUGUUCUAAGCCUGCCGGGGUGACCACGCUUCUGGGCACUGAUGGAGACGAGAGCUCAGCACGGCAGCGGGUCGCAGGCCUUGCUACAGGCUCGGCGUGACAGUGGGAGACCGCAUGGGGAGCCCGAUCUGCGGGAUGUCCUGACGCAGCAAGUUCACGUCUUGUCGCUGGACCAGAUCCGAGCCAUCCGAAAUACGAAUGAGUACACAGAGGGACCUACGGUGGCUCCGCGGCCGGGGAUCAAGUCCACUCCUCGGCUAGCAACCCAACCCAAAAAUGAAAGGCCCCAUGGCUUGCCUGAGCAUCGUCAUUUUAGCCGGAUUCAGCACACGCAAACGCACACCUCCUCUCGGGCGCCUCUGUCCCGAUCCAUCAGCACGGUCAGCACAGGUUCACGGAGCAGUACAAGGACAAGUACGAGCAGUAAUUCCUCCGAACAAAGACUUCUAGGAUCAUCUUCAGGGCCAGUUGCUGAUGGGAUAGUCCGAAUGCAGCCCAAGUCUGAGCUCAAGUCAAGCGAGCUGAAGCCACUGAGCAAGGAAGACUUGGGAACACACAGCUACAGGUGCGAGGACUGUGGGAAGUGUAAAUGUAAGGAGUGCACUUACCCGAGGACCCUCCCAUCAUGUUGGAUCUGUGACAAGCAGUGUCUUUGCUCGGCCCAGAAUGUGGUCGAUUACGGGACUUGUGUUUGCUGCGUGAAGGGCCUGUUCUACCACUGCUCAAACGAUGACGAGGACAACUGUGCUGACAACCCCUGCUCCUGCAGUCAGUCGCAUUGCUGCACUAGAUGGUCUGCCAUGGGUGUGGUGUCCCUCUUUCUGCCUUGCUUGUGGUGUUACCUACCAGCCAAGGGUUGCCUUAAGUUGUGCCAGGGCUGUUACGACCGGGUGAAUCGGCCUGGGUGCCGCUGUAAACACUCCAACACUGUUUGCUGCAAAGUUCCCAAUGUCCCUCCCAGGAACUUUGAAAAGCCAACAUAGCAUCACUAGUCAGAAAUACUAAAGUAACCAGGAUUAUUUUAACAUACAUAUGCAACCAACUAAGCAGCUAUGGUCUUGGCACUGUAGUAGAAGGGUUGGGGAUACACUUUGCUGUGUGCAGUGAAAUGGUUUUUCUCUGUGUGCCAUCUUAACUGAUAUGCUUGUUAGAAUCCAGUUAGUGGGAUACAGAAAAAAAAAACAACCAAGAAUGGGAUGCAGUACAUUGUGACCCACAUAUUGCAUAAGCUAAAGCAACAGAGACACUCCUAGGCAACUCUAUUGUUUGUGAAUAGUACUUGCAAAAUUUGUAAAUUAGCAAAUGACUCCUUUUCUUUCAUUGUUUUCUGCCAGAGAUAAUGUGCUAUAUUUUUGUAUAUACGAUAAUAUUUUCAACUGUGAAAAGUAUGUGGUGUCAUAAGACAUGGCACAGUCACAAAAUAUUAUACUAAUAUGUUGUACAUUCGGAAGAAUGUGAAUCAAUCAGUAUGUUUUUAGAUUGUAUUUUGUCUUACGGAAACCUUCUAUUACAAGACUCUGAUUUCCCUUUGGACUUCAUGUAUAUUGUACAGUUACAGUAAAAUUCAGCCUUUAUUUUCUAAUUUUUUCAACAUAUUGUUUAGUGUAAAGAAUAUUUAUUUGAAGUUUUAUUAUUUUAUAAAAAAAUAUUUAUUUUAAGAGGCAUCUUACAAAUGUCACCCCUUUUUAUGAGGACGUCAUAGUUGCUGCAAAUAAGGGGUGAACGAUGAAUAUGUUCACUAUAAAAUAGAAAAUAUAUUAACGUUUGAAAUUAAA